AUGGGCAGAACCGAAAUCGAGAUUGGAGCCAUCCUCUCCACCCUCGCCAUUAUCUACUGGCGCUACACCGAUCCCUCUACCGGCAUUAGCAACAAACCCCACGGCUUAGACUGGAUCUGCGUCGAGCGCAGCAUCUACCGUCUCCUCGUUCUGCGCGGAACCAUCAAAUUGGGCGAUAAAUUUUAUGAGAAUCCUUGGCACUUGUAUUUGAACGAGUACGCGCCGGCUGGUAUGCGUCGUUCGAUAUCUUUGGGUCAGGGUCAGAGUCAUAUUUUUCAGAGUUCGACCUUGAUGGCUUCUACUACUUCUGUUCCUACUUCAACCGUGUCUUCCGGAGACCAGGGUCGGGGUCGUCAGCCUGCGAAUUGUGAUGGGCAGCAGCAGCAGCCACAGCGCCGAGUUUGUUUCCUCGAUACUCCUAGCCCUGCUCGUGGAAGAGCUCCCCGUCGCCUUCCGUUGAGCCCUGCUCCCAACGCGCGAUUCCAUUGA